AUGUAUAAUAUUGGCAUUUCUGAUAUCAAUUAUGUUGAAAAUGUGAGCGAUAAAUUGAAAAAGAUUUUGAAUGAGAAUGCAGUGAUAUUUUCAAAAGAGUUAGGAAAAUUUAACGGUGGUGAAGCUUCCAUAGCUUUGAAUGAUGAUAAUGUCGAACCAAAAUUUAUUAAAGCAAGACCUAUUCCAUUCGCUAUAAAACAAAAGGUAGAAGAUGAAAUUGAUAGAUUGGUUUCUUUAGGUAUUGUGACUCACACGAACUAUAGUAGAUGGGCAACACCAGUAGUGCCAGUUUUGAAGAAGGAUGGUUCAAUAAGGCUUUGUGGAGAUUACAAAGUCACGGUGAAUCCCCACAUAAGAAUUGAUCAGUACCCUAUCCCUCGCAUUGAAGAAUUGUUUUGCAAGCUACAUGGAGGUGUUUAUUUCUCGAAACUAGAUUUGUCUCAAGCAUAUCAACAAAUUUGCAUAGAUGAACCAUCUCAGGAGCUUCUUACAAUAUCAACUCACAAAGGAUUAUUCAAGUAUAACCGAUUAAACUACGGAGUAGCAUCAGCGCCAGCAAAAUUCCAGAAAAUCAUGGACUCUGUGCUGGGUGGUAUGGAAGGUGUAGUUGUUUUCCUAGAUGACAUACUAAUAAUGGGUAAGGAUGAACAGGAACAUUUGGAAAGAUUAGAUCAAGUUUUAAAAAAACUUAAUGAAGUAGGUUUUAGAUUGAGUUUAGAUAAAUGUUCAUUUUUUUCAAGAUGA